UCUCUAGAAAGAGUCAGUCCUUCACUGGGCUGCCGGUCCUGCAGGAUCCUGCUGGAGUAUGAGAGCAUCACAACACGAAUGGAUCCUGAGAAGAGAGGCGAGGUGCCUGAAACAGAUCAAGAGCAUGGGGUGAAGAGGACUCUUCUCAGCUGACCUCAAGGCAGAUGACCAGUGAUGGCCACAGCAUCACCUCCACUUUUGAAGGACAGUGUGAUAAAUACAGAUCAUCAACAACAGGAAAAAGAGCAGCAGGAAUUUCUGAGGUCACCCGAGAACAUCCUACUCACCAUUGCACUGUCCAUCAUAAUUAUCAUGACUGUGUUUGGAAACCUGCUGGUCAUGGUAGCACUCUGCAAGGAUCGGCAUCUACGGAAGAAAAAGACCAACUACUUUAUUGUGUCGCUGGCAUUUGCUGACUUGUUGGUGGCGUUGGUGGUGAUGCCCUUUGCCGCCAUCGAGCUGACCACCGGCGUGUGGAAAUAUGGCGAGAUUUUCUGUCUGGUGCGAACAUCGCUGGAUGUCCUUUUGACCACUGCAUCCAUCCUGCAUCUGUGCUGCAUUGCACUAGACAGGUAUUACGCUAUCUGUUGCCAGCCCCUAGUGUACAGACACAAGAUGACCCCUCUCCGAGUGGCGGUUAUGCUCGGCGGGUGCUGGCUCAUCCCCACGUUCAUUUCCUUCCUACCUAUCAUGCAGAGCUGGAACGCCAUUGGCAUCGAGGAUAUAAUACAACAGAGACGGGCCUCGCCAAGUGGCUCCAACGAGACAAGCUGCGUGUUUCUCGUUAAUCGGCCUUACGCGCUCAUCUGCUCCACGGUGGCCUUCUAUGUGCCGCUGGCACUUAUGGCCCUGGCCUACCAACGCAUCUACGUGACCGCCAUGAGCCACGUGCGGCAGAUCGAGACCCUACAUCGUGCCGGCUCCACUCCGGUCACCGGGACGUCGGGCCCUAUCAUUACCGCGCGCUCGUCCACGUGCUCUGACCCAGAGGACCACUAUCACCUUAGGGCGGCCGAGGGAGACUUCUUCCCAGAGCCGGCUCCAGUAGCCAACAGCCGCAUGCGCGUUGAGACAAAGGCGGCAAAGACCCUUGCCGUCAUUAUGGGUUGUUUCUGCUUGUGCUGGGCGCCAUUCUUCAUCACCAAUGUGGUGGACCCUUUCAUCCAUUACUCUGUGCCCUGGCAGCUAUGGACAACAUGGUUGUGGCUCGGCUACAUUAACUCUGGACUUAAUCCAUUCCUAUACGCCUUCCUUAACCGAGCAUUUCGGAGGGCCUUUCUAGUGAUUCUCUGUUGUGGGGAUGAACGCUUUGUACGGCAGGGAAGCUACUCCUAUGGACCUACCCACAGAGUGUGCUCACCAACAUCAGUCAAUGGGACAUCCAUGGCAUUGAGCUCAUGCAGACACUGGAUGGUCAACAGGUCAAUCUCAAGGAAAGCACAUGUGUGCAUGUGUGUCGCUGCUCUAACUGAUGUCUGCUCGGACAAAUGACAUUGUCUUAUAUCACCCAAGACUCUUAUUUGUGAAGCUGACUUUUGUGACAAAAAAUAUAAUGAAACUUGCAACACAUGCAAAUGGCAAUUGGGAAACAUACAAUUUCUUAAGCAAUGCAAACAUAGUGGGACACUAAAAAAGCUAAAACAUGAAUUUACAGCACAUGUAAACACUAAUAAAAUGUCUGUUUAUAACUUAGUGUCUUGAAAUAAACAUUGAUCAUUUUAUUCUGCCACUAUGUACUAACAGUGCACAUAAGUCUGACAAUGACUUUGUUAGUAAUGCCAGCACAUGUACUGUGGCUGGUCCACCUGUGUAAUGGACUGCCAAUGUUGGGUCACCAUAGCAAUGAAAGAGAUGCUACUUUUUUACAAUCCAAUGUAACUUCGCAAAGCCUUUUCUUGUCAGUUAGUAGAUUUAGCGACGUAUUUGAAUAUUUAACCCUGGUUAUCUGAUAUUUUUCAUCGUAAUAAUGAGCCCUAGCUAAACACUGCUCUCUUUCAACUCAGGAUUUUGGUGGUUGUUAGUGGCGAUGACUCAGUUGACAGCUGUGUUUGUGUUGCCUUCUUCAAGUGAAGAGGAUGAUGGAGGACGGGAGUCGCUCGCGUCUGGAUUGUUUAACUUUAACACUAGCACUAAACUGACGCAGAUGAGACAAAAGCAAUUGCAUACACACUUGCACAUUCCUCAAGAAGAAAUACGCUCAUGUGAAAUAUAUAUAAGCGCAAAUAUUUCAAUGAAGGAAUGACUAAGGUUGAAUAGGGAUCCUAUUGUGAUCCCACAAAUCACAACUGAGCCUCAUUUAACGGGAAUAAGGGUGUACGUUAUGUCCUGUAGCUACUGUACUUCCUUUUUAGGUUUCACACAUCAUCACUGUCAUCUCCAACUUACUCACCAAAUGAUCUUUAAUCUAAUAAAAUUCCAAAGCACUGGAAUAGAUUUUUCUGCAUGGAAAAUGACCAGAGCUAGCACUCUCGCUGUGCUAGCUAGCUCACAAUUGGACAGUGUUGUCUACAAGUCCAGGUUCCACUUUGGAUGAAAUAUACCGUAUUUUUCGGACUAUAGACAAGUUUCCUGAGCAAAACAUGGGUGCCAUUUUUGACAAUUUCUACCUCCCGGUUUAGACAGAACAACAUGAAGUGCCGUUAAAGUAAUCAAUGUGGAGACAAAGAGAGAGCGGCAAAAUCAAACCAGAGGAACCCUCUAAAUCUCUAAAAAUGGAUUCAGCACUAUGUAGAUGAGACUCCGAGACUUUCUGUGCUGUGCAUGAACUCCUGUAAGCGCAUUUGUAUAGUUUAUGGUUGGAAGUGGAAUUUUUUCAUCAGCGACCAGCUAGUAGCUACAAUUCGCCAGUGUGGAUCUACCUUGCCAUACGCCUUAAAUCAAAACCGGGAGCAGACAAUAAGUUAAGGAUGUGCUUUAAACCUAAUUAAUGAUCCACCAAACAAUUAUAUGUUUGUUCUUAUCACUUCGUUGAUCAUUUGUGGACAAAAUUAUAACAACCUGUGCAGCCUGUUUUAACGUGAGGAGUAGAUUGAUACGCUGGCCACUUGAGUGACCAAAAUGAGGCGAAAUUACAAUUAAUAUUACAGUUGCCCAAUGCAGAAGGGCUGACACAGAUUUUGUUGUUACAAGGCAAUACUACAAGUUAUGUACAUAAAAACAUAAAUUGUAUGUCAUUCUUUUUUAUUGCAGAUAUUGAUCGCAAUAAAACAUUUGGACAACAUGAUUCCAUUUCUUGUUUUAUUUAAAACAAUUGGUGCAUGUGCAAAGCAGGUCAAUAUAUAACAAUUUCUAAAGUUAUUAGAAAAAUAUUAACGAAGGUGGAGCCUUCCAUCAUCAAGGUAGAACGCACGUAGUCUCGAUAUAUACAGUGCCUUGCAAAAGUAUUCGGCCCCCUUGAAUCUUGCAACCUUUCGCCACA